AUGGCGGCUGCUGCUUCGAAAUCUAGAGUUGUCUUAUUGAGUUGCGGCUCUUUUAAUCCUAUCACUUUCCUACACCUGAGGAUGUUUGGUAAAGAUGCAAUUUUUGAGGAAUAUAAUAUUUUCUUAUUUUCAGUUAUUUGUCAUACAUUUUCCGUUCGCUAGUUCGUCAUAGCUCUUUGGAGAUUCUUGCUUUUGGUCUGAUUUUUCAGAAAUUGCUCGUGAUGCUCUGCUCAAAACGGGUAUUUAUACAGUGGUACAAGGAAUAUUUUCUCCAGUGAAUGAUGGAUACAAGAAAAAGGCUAGUAAAUUGGAAACCGCAAUUUAA